AAUUUUAUAGCAACCGGGCAACAUCGGCAUUCAGCGCGCCAAAUGUCAGCUGUUGCCUUGUGAAAUUCUGCUUUUUGCGUUUUAUCUGUAAAUUUGUUCAUAAGACACGCUUUAUUUGACUAAAAGUGCACUUAUUGUGAAAUCCCAAGUGUCUGUAGAUCUGCAGGAUGGAUUCUAAACGGAGAUUCCCCAACAAUCAACCCAAUGGCCCCAAAAAGUUCAAAGCAAAUCACGAUGAUGAGGAUAUGGACGAGGACAUGGGUGACUUUGACAAUGACAUGGAGAUCGACGAGCUCCCAGAUGUCGAGGAAGCUAUGCAGAAUGUUGAGGGGCCGGAUGAGACGGAGUCUUGUGUGAAAUGGACUCGUCCAGCAUUACCGCCGCUCAAUCCUAAGGAGGAGCCGCUGAUUUUCCAGCAAUUGGAGGUUGAUCACUACACUGGGCAGCCUCUGGCAGGAAUGCCAGGCUCCCAGGUGGCUCCUGUGUCCAUAUUCCGGCUGUACGGAGUGACAAUGGAAGGGAAUUCUGUAUGCUGCCAUGCCCAUGGAUUCACUCCGUAUCUGUACGUGGCGGCUCCGAAGGGUUUCACUGCCAGCCACUGUGAGAAGUUCAAGGCGAGCCUGGACAGGGCUGUGCUGACGGACAUGCGAUCGAACAAGGAGAAAGUCCAGGAGGCUGUGCUGCAGGUGACAAUGGUUCAGGCCCGUACGAUUAUGGGCUACCAUGGAGAUGACACUGUUCCCUUCAUCAAAGUCACUUUGGUGCUUCCGCGGCUUCUGGCUUCGGUCAAGAGGAUCCUCGAGCGAGAGAUUAUCCUGCAGGAAUUUGAUUUCCAGGACUGUCGGGUGUUUGAGAGCAACAUUGACUUUGACAUUCGGUUCAUGGUGGACGCCUCAAUUGUCGGCUGCAAUUGGAUUGAGAUUCCGCCCGGGAAGUGGCGCCUGAGGAGCAAGGAUAUGAUGCCACGGCCAGAAUCCCGGUGUCAGAUUGAAGUGGAUGUGUCCUGGUGUGAUUUUAUCUCGUGGUCGCCGGAUGGAGAAUGGUCCAAGGUCGCUCCAAUGCGAAUCCUGAGCUUUGACAUUGAAUGUGCCGGCAGAAAGGGUAUUUUCCCAGAACCAAAUCACGAUCCAGUCAUCCAGAUUGCCAAUAUGGUGAUCCGUCAGGGGGAGACAGAGCCCUUCAUUCGCAAUGUCUUCACCCUGGACACUUGUGCUCCCAUCGUGGGAACGCAAGUGCUCACCUUCAAACGGGAAAGCGAUCUGCUGACAGCCUGGUCAAAUUUUGUCCGUGACGUCGAUCCGGACAUCCUCACGGGCUACAACAUCAACAACUUUGACAUUCCCUACCUCCUCAAUCGGGCCAAACACCUCAAAGUCAAUUCCUUCGAGUUCCUCGGACGCAUCAAGAAUCGCCCAUCUGUCAUCCGAGACGCCGUCCUGCAGAGCCGUCAAAUGGGCCGCAGAGAAAAUAAAGUCGUCAAUUUCGAAGGACGCGUGCCCUUUGACCUCCUCCAUGUCCUCCUGCGUGACUACAAACUCCGCUCCUAUUCCCUCAACGCCGUCAGCUACCAUUUCCUGCAGGAACAGAAAGAAGACGUUCACCACAGCAUCAUCAGCGACCUCCAGCGGGGCGACGAACAAACUCGACGCCGCCUCGCGAUGUACUGCCUCAAGGAUGCCUACUUGCCGCUGAGGCUGCUAAACAAACUCAUGUGCAUUGUCAACUACAUGGAAAUGGCCAGAGUCACAGGAGUCCCACUCUCCUGCCUCCUGACUCGCGGGCAGCAGAUCAAGGUUAUCAGUCAGCUGCUGCGCAAGGCCAAGGACAAUCGCUAUCUCAUUCCAACGCACGGCGGAGGCGCCUCGGAUGAACAGUACGAAGGUGCCACGGUGAUUGAGCCCAAGUGCGGCUACUACGGAGAUCCAAUUGCUACGCUGGAUUUUGCAUCACUGUACCCCAGCAUCAUGAUGGCCCACAAUCUCUGUUACACCACGCUCCUCAUGCCGAAGGAUCGAGCUCAGCUCAGCAUCCCUGAAGAGAACGUGACAAAGACUCCAGCUAAUUGUCACUUUGUCAAGUCCACCGUUCGCAAGGGUCUCUUGCCAGAGAUCCUGGAAUCCCUCCUGGCAGCACGAAAGCGUGCCAAGGCGGAGCUGAAAAGUGAAACUGAUCCGUUCAAGCGCAGUGUCCUUGACGGUCGCCAAUUGGCGCUGAAGAUCAGUGCCAAUUCAGUUUAUGGCUUCACUGGUGCUCAGGUGGGCAAACUGCCCUGCCUGGAGAUCUCCUCCAGUGUCACGGCUUACGGAAGGACAAUGAUUGAACAGACAAAGUAUGAAGUUGAGCAGCAUUACACGGUGGCCAAUGGCUAUGAAAAUGACGCUGUUGUGAUUUAUGGAGAUACAGAUUCGGUAAUGGUUAAAUUUGGGGUGUCAUCGCUGGAGAGGAGUAUGGAAUUGGGCAGAGAGGCGGCUGAAUUUGUGAGCAAUCGCUUUGUGAAGCCGAUAAAGUUGGAAUUUGAGAAGGUUUACUUUCCGUAUUUGCUGAUCAAUAAGAAACGCUAUGCUGGGCUGUAUUUUACACGAGCUGACAAAUACGACAAGAUGGAUUGCAAGGGAAUUGAGACAGUGAGAAGGGAUAAUUCACCUCUGGUGGCCAAUCUCAUUAAUACUUGCCUGCAGAAGUUACUGAUUGAGCGAAAUCCCGAUGGAGCUGUUGAGUAUGCCAAGCAAGUGAUUGCAGAUUUGCUCUGCAAUCGCAUUGACAUCUCUCAGUUGGUGAUCACGAAGGAACUGGCCAAGACGGACUAUGCUGCAGCUCAGUCGCAUGUAAUGCUGGCUGAAAAGAUGAAAAAACGUGAUCCGGGAACAGCUCCAAAGUUGGGAGAUCGUGUUCCAUACGUUAUAAUUGCCGGAGCCAAAAAUACGCCAUCAUCAACACGAGCAGAGGAUCCAAUUUACGUUCUGGAGAACUGUAUUCCCAUCGACUACAAGUAUUACCUGGAGAAUCAACUGUCAAAGCCAUUGUUGAGGAUCUUUGAGCCGAUUCUGGGCAAAAAAGCCGAAUCUAUUCUUCUUCAUGGGGAACAUACGAGAACAAAGACACUCGUUACCUCAAAAGUUGGAGCCUUGGCGGCAUUUACGCGCAAAAAGGAGACUUGUCUGGCAUGCCGGGCAGUGCUGCCGGAAGGUGAUCAGGACAAGGCACUCUGUGUUCACUGCAAAAAGAAAGAAACCGAGUACUACUGGAAGGAAUUGAGGCUGCAGCAGACGCUAGAGGAGAAAUUUGGUCGGCUCUGGACAGAAUGUCAACACUGUCAGGAAUCACUGCACGAAGAAGUCAUUUGCACGAGCAAAGACUGCCCGAUCUUCUACAUGCGCAGCAAAGUUCGCAUGGAUUUGGACACUCAAGUCAAACGAGUGAAGCGGUUCGGCGUGCUGUCUUGGUAGUGAAACUCUUUUGUUUUUUUCAUUUACAUUUUUUAUUUCCCGAAAUAGCUCACGGAAUCGAAGGAGUUAUCAGGGGAAAAGGAGAAAUCCAACUCAGGACGUUGAUGUAAACUUGUGUCCGGAACGUAGACUUCAUUCAAGUAAUCGCUAACCAUAUUGAUCUUUGUUGAUUCAUUUUCCAGUCGAUCUUUAAGUAUUUUCUACAAAAGAAAUGAAUAAAUGAAAACCCUUGAAUUCUGAAACAAAA